GCUAUAUAUAGCCUCUGAAAGGAGCCCUGCCGGCUGUCUCUCCAUUUUCUACACAUUCCUCUCCACACGGAGGCCCAACACAAUAGUAGCGUCAAAAGUCUCGAUGCGAUUCUGGAAUGCCUUGGUCCCAAUGGGUCUAUUACUUCCUAUCAUUGCAGCUGAUUUCCAUGGUGGAAUAUGGAUUGAGGCGUCGCCCCCCAAUGGAAAUGGUUGGGCUAACAUAUCUUGGCAUGCAGUCCCAUCGGGGUAUGACAUUUGUGAUACAAAUGAAACUGAAAUAAACAAAUAUGCCUCCAUUCCCGUAGCCCUCGGGUACCCACUGGAGUUUUAUGUUUGCAAUACUACGGUUACGGUUUCCUAUGACCUUAACCACUGGACCACCAACCAAGGUGAUGGAGACUGUUUCCGAAUUGGUCCUAAUCCACUCUCCAAUGCGGGUAAUUGCACGGAUUCCGUCGAAGGGUGGUGUGAUAAGUUCUUUUGCGCCACCCACGUGUGCGCAUAAAGGCCACACGCAGAGCUGGCAUGCAGUGGCCGCUGCAGGAGUCGGGGGUCUUGAUCAGGGGGCUAGCUGCAUGAUGAUUGGCUGUCUAAGCCAACAACUUUUACAUUCAAAAUGAUCAUUACUGUGUUCAA